CUGGAGCCAGAGAUUUUUGGGGACCCCCACCAUCUAACAACUGGGGUUCUGUUUACUUGUGGGAAAAUGCAGCAAAACCAACCAAAAACGCCGCAAAAUGUAACGCACCCGGCCCGCACCUAGCUGCAGACCCAACAUGAUACCCUGGAUGCGCCAGAAGUUCAACGAGAAGCGGUCAAAGUGGCUGGCACGCAGUAAACGGAGCGGCACUGGGUCUCCGGCCGAGGGCAGUCCCAGGAGCAGCACCCUGAGCCACAGCCACCGGACCACAGACGCCAGUGACGCGGAGAGCCUUAGCGGAUCCUCGCUGAAUGUCCACACCGCCGAGUCGGAGACGCAGACCGAUCUUGCCAGCAACCACCAUUCCAGAGCUUUGGUGGGCGGCGGGGGCUGUGUACUGCGGACGCCAUCGCCCGCCCGCCGGCGUAGAAUACAGCUGGAGCUGCAGCUGAGGCGUCAGGAGGAACAGCAGCAGGCGAUUCAGGACCCCGACUCACCCACACCCACUCAGCAUCAGCAGGCCCAUGCUUUGUUCCUCAGGAAAUCGGGCCAUUCCCACCGCAACACCACAUCAACGCCGGGCGAAGCCGACGAGACCGGCAAGCCGGGUGAAUCCAUCAUGGUGCGGGUGAUCUGCCCGAGCUCGCGAGUAUUAAUCUUCAAGACGGAUGUCAACAAGCGCCUCAACGAGCUAAAGAGCGAGGUUAUCCUGGAGCUGAGCGACGAUCCAGACUCUAUACAGCUGUUUGCGCCCGAUGUAAGACACCUCAAUCCCCGGUAUCGUCUAUACCGGGCGGAAUACUCUGGCGGCGAGCUGAACGAAUCGGACACGCUGGCCACCCUCAAGAUCCGCAACAAUGAGACUUUCAUCCUGUCGCCGAGGCGCAACACACUACCACAAACGGUUUCGCGCAUUCGCGAGGUUCCUGGGCCCAAUGAGCAGCUUGUGGAGAGCGCCACUCGCUAUGUUCCCGUCAGCACUAACCCCCUACCCACCAUUGACAUCAACGAGAUAUUUCAGCAGUCGAAUAUUCAGUACGAUGUCCGCAAGGUGCUCAUUUCUUUAGCUCAGGCCUCGGCGGCUGUUAUUGGAGCCGGUCCGUUUGCUCCCCGCCUGAUAGCUAUGCUGAAGCAGCGGCUGAUCAAUCGGCGUAACCAGCAGGCGGACACGCUGCAGUGCCUUGUAGAUAUGGGCUUCAAACGCGAGCUGGCCGCAUUUGCCUUAAAGGCCAACAAUGGCAUCUAUUCCACCACCAUGGAAUGGCUGAUACAGAACCAGAACGAAGAAAACCCACAGGAGGUGCCGGCCAUGAGCACGCAACACAGUCUAUCUUCCAUCUCGCCAUCCACGAUCAUCACAAACAAUGAGGUCAUUGAGAACACGGCCGCCUUGAUGGAAAUUGUGCGCAUCUAUAGCCAUCGCGAUUCCCCGCCCGGCGACGAUAUUGUGGAGUCGCUUACUGAAAUGGGAUUCGAGGAGGCGGCAGUGCUGGCGGCGCUGAAGAAAACGGGCAACAACAAGGCCUCCGCCUGCGAGUGGUUGUGCGACAAUCGCUCGGGUAGUGUGAUCGAGCUGCGCGAAGGUCUAGCGCCAGACUCACCAAUCCUAAAAGCCAUUCUGGAAAUGCCCCAGGUCCAGAUGACGCUCAGCAAUCCCAAGACUUUUUUGGCAUUUCUGGGCAUUUUGGAGAACGAGCAUGCAAUACGCGUAUGGCGUGGCGAUAACGACACCACCUCGGUCAUCACACAUAUCCUGCAAAAGUACCAUGAGGAGAAGCAUGUGCUGGGCAUCAAUCAGUUCUACACGAACCGCUGGUGAACGGUGCCGCUAAGUGGCUUUAUUAUGAGAUUAACCAAAUUAUAUUUAUACAUAUAUACAUAUAGACAUGCGCGAUCAUACGCUUGGUCCAUUUUGGGGCCGCCCAUUACAUACCCCCGUAUGUGUGUGUUGUGUGUCUGCGAGUCCUUGUGCCCAUAUGUAAAGAGUAUUUUUGUAGCAAAAAAAAAAAA